UAUGAGUGGGAAGAGCACAUUCCAAGUUGCUGUCUGAACAAGCCAGAAUUCAUGAAACAUGCAGCAUAAAAUCUUUUGCUGAGGCGACCAAUAACCGAAACUUUAUCUUGCCCAGCUCAAGAAAUAUGCUUUGUUGCGAUAAAGCAAACCCCAUCAAUUGCAGGCAGGCACCCGGCCACAUUGCCCCACUUCACACCUUUGCUCGGAGCAGCUCCCAGUUUUCAAGUGGCAAAACACAAGACAAUGGCCCCAUGCCCCAUUUUCGAAAGCUUCUUUUUUUUUCCACUCCCUCUUUAUUUUGGACCCCAUUAGCCAUAGCCCAGCCACCUUUUAACACCAUUACUCCAUUCCCUUGCUCUUGUUGUUGCUGUGCUUGCUCUCUAGCUUUGAGCUUUGGUUUCCCAAUAGGCCACUCUACACUCUUGAGCCUUGACACUUCUCUUGUCUUGCCUUCUUGGUGGUGGUGGUGGUGGUGCUGCUGCACAAAUGGGCACUCCUUACCACCUCCAAUCUCCAAGAACCAUCGUGACCAAGAUCAUCAACAUGAAGCAGCAGCCACCGGCGCUGCCGUCGCCGCCACCGACGGCUCCGUCGAAGAUAAUCCUGCAGCCGCGCCACCGGACCAGCCCGGCGAUGUGGUGCGCCGCCAUCGUCUGCUUCGCCUUCAGCAUCCUCGUGAUCGUCGCCGGCGUGGUCAUCCUGAUCGUCUUCCUGGCGGUGAAGCCGAGGGCGCCGUCGUUCGAGGCCGCCAACGCCAGCCUGAACAGCGUCUACGUCGACUCGCCGGCCUACUUCAACGGCGACAUGACGAUCGUGGCCAACAUCUCCAACCCCAACCAGAAGAUCGACGUGGUGUUCCGGUCCGCCACCGUCGAGCUCUUCUUCAGGGAUAGGCCGAUGGCAGCACAGGAGCUGCCGCCGUUCAUGCAGCGGCGGGGCCAGUCCCGGGUCCUGAACAUGCACAUGGUGUCCAGCCGAGUGCUGCUGCCGCCGGAGGUGGCCGUGGAGCUGGUGAACCAGGUGAGGAGCAACAGGGUCGUGUACACCAUCAGAGGCGCGUUCAAGGUGGAGGCCAGGUUCUGGUCUGGUCACUACACGUACUGGAUGCAUGCAAUCUGUGAGCUGGAGCUCACUGCCCCUCCUUCUGGAGUUCUUGUUGCUAGGAGAUGCAGAAAAAAUUAAUUAUUUAGCAUUUGAUUUCGCCUUCCUUUUCUUUUGUUGUAUCAAAUCUUAGACCUUUUUGUGCACUGAAAUCGGGCAGAGCAAAGCAAAACAUACUCAUGAUUCAUGUGGAUUUGUGCUUGGUUCUUCAUCUCUGUCCACC